AUGCGUGCAAAAUUUUUCCGCUUGGAUCAAUUCGAGAACAAUUGGGGCGAAUUCGACGGAAACGUUGAAAAAUGGCAAGGCUUCCACGAUCGAUUUAAAUCUGCGGUUCAUGACAAUGAGCUAAUCACACCGGCUUUCAAAAUUAUGCAUUUGUUGAAGUCGUUGAAGGGUAAAGCGAAGGCAGAUUUAGGAGAAUGGCCACAAACGGAGGCCGGUUAUUAUGAAUUGUGGGAGCGUAUGCAAGAGCUGUAUGCGCAGAAAUACUAUACAGCGCGAAAGCUGUUGAACCGCUUUCUGGCACUGCCAGUUCUGGAAAGGGCAUCGCACAACGCGCUUCAAAAAAUGAGCAAUGUUACGCACGAAGUGAUUCGUCAAUUGCGUACACUAAAUUACCCCGUGCAGUAUUACGAUUUAUUUUUCGUGGCUGGAAUUCACACGCGGCUUGAUAGUGAUUCAAGCAAAGCAUGGGAAUUGGAGCGAACAUCUGAUACACCAACAAUCAUUCAAAUGUUGUCAUUUUUGGAUCGACAAGCCAGAGCGGCGCCAAGUUCGUCUUCUUAUGAACAGAAGAAACAAAAUGACAAUCGUAAAAGAGGUUACUUUGAAACCAAACCUGAAACGAGUUCAGAUGCAAAGCGAUCCAAACCGAACGGUGCGAAUGAAAACAAAACAGAUCGUACGUGCAAAGUGUACAAGGGCGCUCACGCAGUGCACAAAUGUGAAACAUUCAAAAAACUGAGUUUGACCGAGCGAAGAAAGAGCGCAAAAGAGAAUGAGCUUUGUUUCAACUGUUUGAAUCCGUCGCACACAAGGAAAGAUUGCAAACUGUCCGGAUGCAGGCGGUGCGAGAAUAAGAAACACUGGAUCAACUCAGUGCAAGUGCGGAAUAAUUCCAAGAAAAAGAGCAACCAACCGAAGGCAGAAGGCCAAAGUAGUUGA